UUGUACUAAUGUUUCUCUUCCUUUUGCUCUUGGUGGGAAAGGCAGAAUUAAAGGUCAACAGAUUCGGCUCAGGUCUAAGUCGCCGGCCGGGACCACGUCGCCAGGAAACGACGUCUCCCCGACACCUUCCCUCCCCGUCCGGGCUCUCUGCAGGGAUUCAUCCCGUCACUCUCCCAACGACCCCCGGGCACACCUCAGGCAGAUGCGAAAUAUGCUGCUCCUCGGGAGCAAAGAUGAACCAGAGGACCGGGGGAGGACCUUCCCACUCGCACGACUCACGAUCUUCCCAGUGCCCCACAGCCAGGGACCCCACCGCCGCCUACCCCAGCCCGCUGCACCACCGAACCUGCUCACAACUGCGAGUUCUCAGGUCCGCUUGGACACCGCCGGAAACGGAAAUUCACAGUGGCGCCGACUCGCCAGAGGGAAACAAAAAGGCAGAAAAAAGAGACCGCCGCCUGGAGAACUUUCAGGGGAAAGCUCAGAGUGGGCGCCGGCGUCUGUGCGCCGUGCGUUCCACCGCGUCGGCGUCCCUCCCGAUUCCGCGCCACACCCGCCCUCGGAAUCCGUUGUCUCAACUCUCGCGGUGGGACUCCCGAACCCGCGCCACUGUGAAUUUCCGUUUCCGGCGGUGUCUAUUCAAAAUAAGACUGUCUCUAGUUACUCCUGCUCUACCGGACAUUAAUGCACACGCCUGUGUUACUGGUAAACCCAUCGGCCAAGGGGGCAUCCAUGGACGCAUCUCUGCUACUAGCUGUGGUGUCUUCCAUGGGAUUGAAAACUUCAUCAAUGAAGCUUCUUACAUGAGCAUUUUAGGAAUGACACCAGGGUUUGGAGAUAAAACAUUUGUCAUUCAGGGAUUUGGUAAUGUGGGCCUACACUCUAUGAGAAAUUUACACAGUUUUGGUGCUAAAUGUAUUGCUGUUGGUGAGUCUGAUGGGAGUAUAUGGAAUCCAGAUGGUAUUAACCCAAAGGAACUGGAAGACUUCAAAUUGCAACAUGGGUCCAUUCUGGGCUUCCCUAAGGCAAAGCCCUAUGAAGGAAGCAUCUUGGAGGCCGACUGUGACAUACUGAUCCCAGCUGCCAGUGAGAAGCAGUUGACCAAAUCCGACGCACCCAGAGUCAAAGCCAAGAUCGUUGCUGAAGGUGCCAAUGGGCCAACAACUCCAGAAGCUGACAAGAUCUUCCUAGAGAGAAACAUUAUGGUUAUUCCAGACAUUAAUGCACACGCCUGUGUUACUGGUAAACCCAUCGGCCAAGGGGGCAUCCAUGGACGCAUCUCUGCUACUAGCUGUGGUGUCUUCCAUGGGAUUGAAAACUUCAUCAAUGAAGCUUCUUACAUGAGCAUUUUAGGAAUGACACCAGGGUUUGGAGAUAAAACAUUUGUCAUUCAGGGAUUUGGUAAUGUGGGCCUACACUCUAUGAGAAAUUUACACAGUUUUGGUGCUAAAUGUAUUGCUGUUGGUGAGUCUGAUGGGAGUAUAUGGAAUCCAGAUGGUAUUAACCCAAAGGAACUGGAAGACUUCAAAUUGCAACAUGGGUCCAUUCUGGGCUUCCCUAAGGCAAAGCCCUAUGAAGGAAGCAUCUUGGAGGCCGACUGUGACAUACUGAUCCCAGCUGCCAGUGAGAAGCAGUUGACCAAAUCCGACGCACCCAGAGUCAAAGCCAAGAUCGUUGCUGAAGGUGCCAAUGGGCCAACAACUCCAGAAGCUGACAAGAUCUUCCUAGAGAGAAACAUUAUGGUUAUUCCAGACAUUAAUGCACACGCCUGUGUUACUGGUAAACCCAUCGGCCAAGGGGGCAUCCAUGGACGCAUCUCUGCUACUAGCUGUGGUGUCUUCCAUGGGAUUGAAAACUUCAUCAAUGAAGCUUCUUACAUGAGCAUUUUAGGAAUGACACCAGGGUUUGGAGAUAAAACAUUUGUCAUUCAGGGAUUUGGUAAUGUGGGCCUACACUCUAUGAGAAAUUUACACAGUUUUGGUGCUAAAUGUAUUGCUGUUGGUGAGUCUGAUGGGAGUAUAUGGAAUCCAGAUGGUAUUAACCCAAAGGAACUGGAAGACUUCAAAUUGCAACAUGGGUCCAUUCUGGGCUUCCCUAAGGCAAAGCCCUAUGAAGGAAGCAUCUUGGAGGCCGACUGUGACAUACUGAUCCCAGCUGCCAGUGAGAAGCAGUUGACCAAAUCCGACGCACCCAGAGUCAAAGCCAAGAUCGUUGCUGAAGGUGCCAAUGGGCCAACAACUCCAGAAGCUGACAAGAUCUUCCUAGAGAGAAACAUUAUGGUUAUUCCAUGCCCCUUCCGGCUUUACUCAGAAAACUAAUAUGAGGAACACAUGCUCAGGUUUUUUUGGGUUUUCUACUGCAAAAAUCUCCCAGUCUGUCAACUGUCUGUGGACUUUGCCCAUAGUACACCUUAAUGCCCCCCUCCCCCCCCCUUUUUUUUUUUUUGAGACCCAGUCUUGCACUGUCACCCAGGCUGGAGUGCAGUGAUGCCAUCUAGGCUCACUGCAAACCCCACCUCCCAAAUUCAAGUGAUUCUCCCCACUCAGCCUCUGGAGUAACUGGGAUUACAGGCAUGCGCCACCACGCCCAGCUAAUUUUUGUAAUUUUAGUAGAGACUGUGUUUCACCAUGUUGGCCAGGCUGUUCUCAAACUCCUGACCUCAGGUAAUCUGCCCUCUUUGGCCUCCCAAACUGCUGGGAUUACAGGUGUGAGUCACUGCACCCCACUACAUGCCCUUUUUUCCCCCUUUUACCUCUCCAAAUUUUCAUCAUUCACUAAUGCCUAACUCAAAACAUUCUUUCUUAUUAAACAUGUUUUACUACUCAAGUAUUAUGAACGCCUUUGUAAUUUAUUAUCUAUAAUAUCAUAUGUCACUUACAACAUAAUCUUUGAGAUAUUACAUGUAUUUUUAUAGUAUGCCCUCGAUAUGUUAGAUUGUGUUUAAUAUAGUUACACCUUUUAUGAUGCCAUUGUACCUAACGUAGUGUUUAGGAAACAGCUGUCUAUUUAUCGAUCAGAUAUAUUUGCUGAGAUCCUUAAAAUGUGAUUGCCAUCACCCAUCAUGCGUUAUUGUUAGGUGAUUCAUUUAUCAGUACAUUUUAUUUGGUCAUAAAGUCUCAACAAGGUUUUAUUAUUGUUUUACAAUGAAUGUAGCAAUAAAACCUAAUAGAAAAGACUAAGUAAAUGUUCUUGUUAGUAAAGCUUAUGUGCGUAUGUUAAACAUAUUGGAAAGCUGUUAUUCCUAUUACAUCAAAAGUAUUGAUUGACUUUGAACUUCUAAUUGUGCUUGCUUACUACUUAUUUUUCUCAAAUUGUACAUAAACAUUGCUGUUAAUUGUAUAGCAAAAUGUCUUAUAACACAGUGAUACAUGUAUUAAAUCAUUUCCUGAUACACAUACAUCCAGUGGCAUAUAAUGGCACUCUAACCAGUUUCUACGGAGUUAAUUCUCAUGAUUAUUGUCAUGAUGAUCUUCACUCUAGUAGGAAUGCUAAACAUGUGAUUAUUGUUUUUGAGAUGAUGGGGUGCUAAGCAUUGUAACAUUGUCCUGAUUGAACUACUACGACUAACUAUUGAAAAAAGGCUGCAUGCAAAAAAUGAAAACAUAAAAAUGGAACUCAUUUAACCAAUUCCCCCAACCUUGCCAAUUUUCCAACCCCAAGUCUGGACAUAUAAAACAUUGAUUAAGGGAUCAGCAACAAAUGCACACAUGGUAUUAAUAAUCUUUUCAGAACCAAAGCUUGACUAGAUUAGGUUUCUUAAUAGAAGGAGAGAGUCGUUAAUUACAAAUUCGCUUCAAAUUAACUGAGAUUUGCUUCAAGAUAACUGAGAUUAUCUUAAUGAAGAAGUCCCCUUAGAUAACUUCUCUUUAGGUUCAUGGCCAGAUGAAUAAGAACUGAUUGAGUUAGACUUGUCUGUUUCACUCAAGACUUUAACAACAUAGAAACGGUUCAUUCCCUCUGUCUCCUACCUUCAUAAAGUCUCAAAGACUGGAGCAGAUGAGUGCUUAAUCAUUACCAAUCUUGCUGAGGCUUUGCUGAAGUUGACACUUUGGUAACCUUUGGAAAAUAAGACACUCUAAAGGCUAUAUCACAAGGCCUAUGAAAUUUGUUAAAAUUUAACAAACAUUUUGAAAGAAAUAAUAAAUAUCUACAUAUAAACAUAUCCAAUAUAUUUUUCUCAAAACACCUACAUACAUACAUACUUACAUCUUGAAGUAAACUUUCUACUCACAGGUUAACAUCUAUCUUUAUCUAUUUAUCUAUUACCUUUGAAUAAAUGCAAAGAGUAUCUUUUCAGCUUCCUGCACAAUAUUAAUAAGGCAGCAUUUCUUAAAAGAAUAUAUGCAUACAGUGAAUUUUUCCAACAUCAAAGCCAAAGUGUUGAUUUUUUCUACAUAUUGAAUGACAAAAUAUAGUCUUUAUAAAAAGAUAAUACAUUUAAAAUUUAUUAACUUCCUUACUUAAAUUCUCUAGUUAAUCUUGCUUUUUAUAAAAAAAUCUUUUCAUUGCAAAGAAUUGGCAAUUUUAUACACACACAUAUUUAUAUAGUUUCAACUUGAAGAAUUAUAGUAAAGGGUAUCAUAGCUUCAGUAUGAUUAACUUAGAACAGAGCUGUAGGGCACAAAUAACCUUAAAAUUUUAUCAGUAAAGAACUAUCACAGGCAUUUAUUUCAGUGUCAUGGAUCUAUCUCUCAUCAGGGCACCAACAGAUUUUUCAGACAUCCCUCAAAAUACACAAAUGGACUGGAUGUCAAUUCAUAGAAUUCUACUUGAAAAAUGUUUUCAUUAAACCACUUUAUCAGCAUCUACACUUGUUACAAAUUUCUUCCAAGGUCUAUAACGAAUCUUUCUACUCAAUUUUGUUCCCUUUCUCCAAUUCAUUCUGUGUAAGUUUGAAGUGGUUAACUACAAAACAAGACCAUAUACCAAUCCAAGUAUAAUAUAAAGAGAAUCGUUGCAUUUACAUGGCCCCUAGAAAAUUAAGGAGCAUAAAUCACCUUUCAGGUGAUCCUGAGAACGCAUGAACAAGUCUUGUACUCGAUGACUUCUUCUUUAAAAAAGCUAUUCAUUGCACAAUCUUCUAAUAAUAAUAAUUCAUUUAGAAUAAUGCAUAAGCCCCUGAUUCUAAUAAAUCUACUGCAUUUUCAUUUUGCCAUGUUUUCUUCCAAUUUCCACUAAUUCUUAUGGUUUACAUAAGAUACUUAUAUAACAAAUAAAACUUUGUGUUUUCUUCUUUUUAAAUGUAAUAUUUCUAUGUCAGGCUUCCUUUCUUUGAUGGCACAUAGCCCUCUAAAAUAUCAUUUUUUAUUUUCACAAAAUAUACCAUAAUAUACCAUAGAGUUUAUGUACUCAAUGAAUUAAUUGAUCUCUUUGUUUGGAACAUUUAAUUUGUUGCAGCUUUUGCUUAUUUAUGCCAAUACAAUUAGCUAUCAUUUGUUUAUUUUCCUCCAGAUAAUUUCUCUGUGUUUAGCUGCUUAUACUAGGAUUAUAAACUCUUUACUUUUUUCUAUCUCUGAAAAGUAUCAUCAAAUUGCUUUCUAAAAUAAAUAUAACUAGUUAUACUGACACUAACAGAAUAUUCCUGUACCCAUGUGAAAAUAGUAUUGCAACACUGGAUAUUAUCAAAAUAUUUAUUACUUAAACAUACUAUAAAUAAUUCAAUAUUUAAUUAUUGGCAUAUUGUGUUUUUAUUGAUUUAAUUAUAGUACAUAAGCAAAUAUCCACUGACUCAUAUAAGUAAAUUAUAUUCUUAUUCUUAUCUACUUAGGAAAAUAACUUUCCCAAAUCAUUUAUAUUUAGAAGAAAUAGUCUAGGGAACAUUGCUGCUUGCAAAUAGCUCUAGAAAAAGGUACAGACUUGAUUAUGUAAAUAAACCUAUCUGGCAACUCACUAUAUUUCUUUUUAAAAAAUAUGUAAAUAUGAAAAAAAUUAUGUAUACAAUAUUGAGUAUAAUGCAGAAUCUCAAUACAGAGGGAUAUUGGGAAAAUAUAAACAUAGUUUUGUGGCCAAAGCACCAGAGGUUUCUUCCAAAGACUUUAAUCACAAAGGAAGAUCCAUUAAAAUGGUAUUCUCCCACAAUACACAAGCACAAUAAUUAUGGUCAGAAUUCAACAUAUUUAUUUUAAUUUAACAUACCAAGCAUGGUUCCUUAUUGAGUCACAUGAAGAGGCCUCCUUGAGAGGGAAGGAUGGCAUGAGCACUUCAGGCUAAUAGAGAAAUGGAUCCAGAGGAGGCAAGAGAACCACGGGAAGCAAGAGAGGAUUCCUAGAAAAACCCUGCUUCCAAGUCUCUGCAUAUGUUUCCAGCACCUACUUCAAAAUGUUGUGAUAAGUAUUAAAUGAGUUACUAUGGACAAUAUCCUCUAAAUAGACCCUGCUGUGCAAUAUCUGUUGGCUGGCUACCUAAUAUUCAGGUCUGUAGGCCCCAGAAAUUAAGGCAUUUCCUUGCAUUCCAAUACUUUUCUCAUCUCCCUCAUCUGCCGUGACUAUAUUAUGUUCAUAUUUACCUGGGACAGUUCUGGUUCUUGCUUACUGUCAAGGUGUUAUUACUCCAUGUUAUAACUCCAUUGUAUGGUGUUAAACACUCCUUUUUUCUCUUAUGUUCAAAAGUCUCCCAUUUUACACAAUAAUUUUUAUGGUCACCCUAUAUUACCCUGUGUAUUUUCCCUCCGUAAUACUUGUCACCAUCUAAUAUACUGUAUAUUUAUUGCAGAUGCAUUUAUUGUCUGUCUUUGCCAUAUGUAAGCUCCACAGAAAAUAAUCUGUCUUUUUAAUUCAUUGUUCAAUGUCUAUAAAUAUGUCUGAUACAAGAAAAAAUCUCGAAAACUAUUAGUUGAAUGGAUGAACUAACCAUUUUGAGCAUGGUAGAGCUACAGCUGGGAGAGUUUCAUGCUUAAGGCAAGAGUGAGAAGAGUCCAAGCCACUCAGAGAGCCAAAGUGGGACAGGUGAUGGAGGUGGUCUGAUCAGCUAUAAAGGGAGAAUUGCUGCAGUCUUUAAAGCCAGAAGACACUUUCUGGAGACAACUUUAACAUUAGUAAAAGCUUUUUAAAGAAGGCUUUCUUACUACUUUAAAGAAGGAUUUCUUUAACUACUGCUGUUACUAAAUUUGCAUUCUCUUAAUGUUAAAUAAAGUUGCCUUGAUCACUUUUAUCCUAA